AACUCCAUUAAUAUCUUGACCAGAUCUUAUCCUUGAUUGCCAAAUACCAUUUAAUGAACUUUAAGUGCCGUUCAAUAUUUAGCUGAUAUUUUCGUCGAAUGUUAUCACACAUAUGACUUCCGAUUUUGUUCAUGGAUACAUAAUACGUCAGACAAUGGCAGUGGAUUCAGAAAAACAUAUGAGAUUAAAACAACUAUGAAUGGAAAUUCUAUAUUUGUAUAAACUGCGUAACAUUCUAUACUUUACGAAAUUUAUGUCGAGUGUCUAACGUCACUAUAAUGUCUAUAGUUACAAAGAUUGUCAGCCUGAUGUUGGUUUUUUCUUUCCAUGCGAUAGUACCAUCAGUGUUAAGUGAUAAAAGAAUAUACAUUGUCCAAAUUCCGUUUUUCUUUACGUUACUAUACGUCAAUACGAAUCAGUACGACACGGUUCUUAUUGUUACUUGUUAAAUUACACUUCUUCAAUAUGAGCACCACAAGGGAACAAGCAGGACCAUCCAAGCCAUGGGAUUCGACUGCAGACGAAAAAGAAAAGGAUAAUCGAACAUUUGAAUGUAAUAUUUGUCUUGAUACUGCAAAAAAUGCAGUUAUCAGUAUGUGUGGUCAUUUGUUUUGUUGGCCAUGUUUGCAUCAAUGGUUAGAAACACGUCCAACGAGACAAAUGUGCCCUGUGUGUAAAUCUGCGAUCAGUAAAGAUAAAGUCAUUCCAUUAUAUGGACGUGGAGAUACAAGGCAUGAAGAUCCAAGAAAUAAUGUUCCACCACGCCCAGCUGGUCAGAGGACAGAACCUGAAAAUAACGUUGGAUUUUCUAGUUUUGGGUUUGGAGAUGGAUCUUACAUGUCAUUUGGUAUUGGAACAUUUCCAUUUGCAUUUUUCACAUCUACUUUUAAUUUUGGAGAAACACGACCAAGUGCAGCUGUUAGAGGAACACCACAGUACGAAGAAGAACAAUUUCUUUCAAAAGUAUUUCUAUGGGUGGCUUUGAUAUUUGUUUGCUGGCUCUUGAUGGCGUAACAUUUUGUUAAACCAUAUUACUUGCUCCGUAUCUUGUAAUCCUAUACCUCUUGCUGAAUUGAUUCAUUACAUUUUUAUUAAUACAUCGAUCUUUUCCCGUUUGUGUAAUCGUUGUUACUCGCUACAGUAACUAUACCUGCUUGAAUAAACAAACGAAUUUUAUUAGCUAUAAUACAUUUUUAUUUGUACGUAUACACGUAUAAAUGUAUUUUAUUUGUACAUAAACACAUAUAUUCAAGCAGAUAAUUUUCUUGGUUUUAGGAUUUAUGAAACUUAUUCUUAUGAUAUUUAUGUAUAUAUCACUUUUAGACACGUAAGAUAUCUAUUCUACGCAAAACAUACAUGAUUGGUUUAAAAAAACCUAGUAAUUACUGGUUUAUUAUAUCAACGUCGACCUAUGCGGUUUUUACUAACUAUUAAUAUAAAUAGUGUAUAUAAUCUAUAGUUAAUAAAACAGAUUGAUAACAGAUGCAAAUUAAACGAAAUAAGAACAAAUAUAUCGCAUAAUACAUAAUAUUGUAAUAUAUCAUUAUCAGUGAAAGUACAUAUAAGGACAUAAAUUUAGCUUAUUUAUAUUUCUGCUUUUAUUUGUAUUAUGGUUAUGGAAAUAGAAGAGGAAAAAACAAAAUCGGAAAAUGAUGAUCAUAUAAUCAAGGAAAGUAAAGUUUUUGUAUACUUAUUUGACAAGUUGGAAUUAUUAUAUUGAAUGGAAAUUGACAUUCCACAUGCGGUAAUAUUGAUACUGUAGAUUGAUUUAAAAGUGAAAAGUUUGUAAUUUAAUGCAUAUAUAAAAUAAACUAGCAGCGUUAUUCAUUAAAUAUGAUUCGUAAUUUGUUUAAAAAUCAAAUAACGUAAUGAUGUAAAUUGUCUUUAACACGUUUAUUUAAUAUAUUACUGUUAGAAUAAAUUAGAAGCAAACAAAUGUAAUGUCCUUUUAAUAAAAUCUCUUAUCCUUCUGUA